AUGGCAUCAUUUCUUUAUCUACGUUUCUUUCUUUAUCGUUUUUUUUUCUAUUUGUGUAAUUUGUAUCUUUUAGAAAUUUUCUUUCUUUUAUUCUUCAUUUCUUUCACUCUUUGUUUUAUUCUAUUUUAUUUUUCCAUACAUUCAUUCUAUUUUUGUUUGUUUCUUUCCUUUCUGUUCAACUUCUUUCUAGUUAUGUCUUCCUUUCUCUCUUUAUUUCUUCUUCCUUUCUGUAUGAUUAGUUCUUUGUUUCUUUCUUUCUUUAGUAUUUUCUCUUUAUUCUUUAUUUUUUUCUUCUCCUUCCUACCUGUACUCCUUCGUUCUUUUCUUUUUUUCUAUAUUUUAGUAUUCUAUUCUGCCUUCUUAUCUCAUUUAUAUUUGUUAUCCUUUCGAUUUUUAACUCUUUUUCUUUAUUUAUUUAUUUUUCUUUCUUUCUUCUUCUUUCUUUCCUUCUUUCUUUAUUUUUCUUUCUUCUUCUUUCUUUCCUUCUUUCUUUCUUUCCUCUUUCUUUCCUUCUUUCUUUAUUUUUCUUUCUUCUUCUUUCUUUCCUUCUUUCUUUCUUUCUUUCUUCUUUCUUUCUUUCUUUCUUUCUUUCUUUCUUUCUUUCUUUCUUUCCGUUAA